AUGGGCUCCACUGAAAGAAAGCAGGGGACCAUCAGAUACACAGGAAGAAAGAGAGACCGGGUUUCUUCCCUGGGUUAUACUGGCAAAAGGAAAGGUCGUUAUGAGCACACUGGGUACAUGUCCCGGCCUUCAAAAUCCUGGGCUGAUGGUGGAAGUGUGGAGAUGAGAAAUGUUCUCUGGGACCACUCAGUAAAGUACACGCCUUAUGCUAUGCGACGUAAGAGUAGAGAGGACCAGCACAUGGAGGACAAAAGCCACAUCACAGUGUGGAAAGAUGGCAAACCUCAGAAGAGAGAAUUGGGGCGGCGCACAGAAGAUGGAACACUGGGGAGCUGGUUCAAGGUCACAAUUCUGUGUAGCAGAAAGUCUGACAAGACACAGCUAAUGAAAUCAGUCCACCACCUCUGCAGCGUGCCCUUCACCGCAGUGGAUUUCCACUGUGACAAGCACCGGAUCCAGUUCUUUGUCCAGGAUGCUAGCGUUGCCCAUGCCUUGAAGGAUGUCAGCUACAAGAUGUGUGAUGAAGACGGUCAGAAGAUACCUAUUUUUGUCAAUCCCUCAGAUGUGCCCUACUCUGUGCAAAAUAGGUUCACAGGAGAACAGAUGGAGCAGCUGAAGCGGGUCCUGAGAAAGCGAUAUAAUGUUUCCCAGCAUGCUCUGGACCUUCAGAAGCUCCGCUUUGACCCAGCCUUGUUGGAUCACAACAUAGACAUGAUUCUGAACCGAAGAAGCUGCAUGGCUGCCACCCUUCAGAUCAUCCAAGAGGAUUUCACUGAGCUGUUGUCCUUGAACUUGAGCAACAACAAACUGUUCCGGUUAGAUAGCCUGUAUGAUGUGGUAGAGAAGGCACCCCAAGUCAAGAUCCUGGACCUCUCCGAAAAUGAGCUAAGAACAGUGUGGGAGUUGGAGAAGAUGAAAGGGCUGAAGCUGAAAGAGCUGUGGUUAGAAGGGAACCCCUUGUGCAGCACCUUCCCAGACCAUUCUGCCUAUGUAAGCGCCGUCCUGAACUAUUUCCCGGAGUUGUCUUGCCUGGAUGGCAGGAAGUUACCACUUUCAAGUGUAAGGAACAUUGAAGAGCCGCUAUUAAUGAAGCCCUGCAAGGAAAGCCUUAAGGGUUCUGAGGCCGUAAAGACUCAAGUACAGCAAUUCCUGCGGGAGUAUUACUUGAUCUACGACUAUGGAGAACGCCAGGGUCUCCUCAGCGUUUACCAUGACCAGGCCUGCUUCUCACUGACUAUUCCCUUUGACCCCAGUGAUCCAGAUCUGAGUGGCAUGUGUGGGUACUUCAAGGAUGAAGUGGACAUGAAAAAUCCCAAGGAGUUCCACGUUAAAAGGCAGUUGCUGAAGUACACAAAAGAAGACAUUGUGGACUUUAUCAGGGCGUUACCCAAAACCCUGCAUGCCUCCAGCAAUUUCCAGGUGGACAUAUGUUUCCAGACGGAAACUAUGCUCUGUUUUUCUGUCAAAGGGGUAUUCAAGGAAGAAGGCAGCCCUCAGGGAUGCAUCCGUGCCUUCAUGCGCACCUUCAUUGCUAUCCUUGACAGGAGUGGUUCAAACCUGUGCAUUGUGAAUGACCAACUUUUUGUGAGGCAUCCAAGCCCUGAUGAGAUCCAGGAUUCCUUUGCCAUACCCUCGUCUACAUCAGGCUCCAGCUUCAAGUUCAUCCUCUCUCAAGAGCAGCAAAGAAUGGUGCAGGCUUUCUCCACCCAGUCGGGGAUGAAACUCGAGUGGUCUCAGAAGUGCCUUGAGGACAACAAGUGGGACUACGCCAGAGCUGCUGAGGUCUUCACUAUGCUGCAGACCGAGAGCAAGAUCCCAAGGGAAUUCUUCAGACAGAUGACUUAA